GGCAUGCUGGCUCCUUCCAAGCAGCUGUUUUGGGUUUGAAAUUCCAACAUGGCAGAGGCUGCAGUCCGUCUUCCCUUCAAAAACUUGGAAUGAUUUCAAAUCAUAGGCACCUUCACUUAACCCUAGCUUCCAUUCAUCAGCAAACACAUCGGAUCGAUGCUACGCUAACCUAUCGGGAGCUCGCUCUGCGCGUCCAGGUUAAAUGAAUACCUGACGAAAGGGCCCACGUUUCAAGGCAGUGACAUUUGAUAGCUGAGAGGAAAAGUGGCUUUAAUGAAAAGCAACCUUUGGAAUUCCUGCUUGUGAGAAAUCCAAUUCAGCUUUUUGUGCUACCAGCAAGAAAUGAUCAGUAGCACCAGUGUUUAUGGUCCCAGGUCUUUAUGUAUGGACACAAAGAAUGAUAGAAUUCUAGGUCUUGGGAGGAGGCUUGAAGAUGCAGUGGACGCCGGAGCAUGCCCAGUGGCCAGAACAGCACUUUGACAUCACCUCGACCACUCGGUCUCCCGCCCACAAAGUUGAAGCCUAUAGAGGUCAUUUACAGCGCACCUACCAGUAUGCCUGGGCGAAUGAUGACAUAUCUGCUCUGACUGCGUCCAACCUUCUGAAAAAAUAUGCAGAGAAGUAUUCUGGCAUUUUGGAAGGUCCCGUAGACCGACCUGUACUCAGCAAUUAUUCAGACACACCAUCAGGACUCGUGAAUGGUCGGAAAAAUGAUAGCGAACCCUGGCAGCCUUCCUUGAAUUCAGAAGCCGUUUAUCCUAUGAACUGUGUCCCGGAUGUCAUCACUGCCAGCAAAGCUGGUGUCAGCUCAGCCCUCCCUCCAGUAGACGUCUCGGCAAGUAUAGGGAGCUCCCCUGGGGUGGCCAGCAACCUGACAGAGCCAAGUUACUCAAGUAGUACCUGUGGAAGCCACACAGUACCUAGUCUUCAUGCGGGGCUCCCAUCUCAGGAAUAUGCUCCGGGAUACAACGGCUCAUAUUUGCAUUCUACCUACAGCAGCCAGGCCACACCUGCACUUCCUUCGCCUCAUCCGUCCCCGUUGCAUAGUUCUGGGCUUUUGCAGCCACCACCCCCUCCUCCUCCCCCACCAGCCCUGGUCCCAGGCUACAACGGGACUUCCAAUCUCUCCAGUUACAGUUAUCCCUCUGCUAGCUAUCCUCCUCAGACUGCCGUGGGGUCUGGGUACAGCCCUGGCGGAGCACCCCCUCCUCCUUCAGCAUACCUGCCUUCAGGAAUUCCUGCUCCCACCCCUCUGCCCCCCACUACCGUUCCUGGCUACACCUACCAAGGUCAUGGUUUGACACCCAUUGCACCCUCUGCUCUGACCAACAAUUCAGCAAGUUCUCUCAAAAGGAAAGCUUUCUAUAUGGCAGGGCAAGGAGACAUGGACUCCAGUUACGGAAAUUACAGCUAUGGCCAACAGAGAUCGACACAGAGUCCUAUGUACCGAAUGCCCGACAACAGCAUUUCAAACUCGAAUCGGGGGAAUGGCUUUGACAGAAAUGCUGAAACAUCAUCCUUAGCAUUUAAGCCAACAAAGCAGCUGAUGCCCUCUGAGCAGCAAAGGAAAUUCAGCAGCCAGUCCAGUAGGGCUCUGACCCCUCCUUCCUAUAGUACUGCUAAAAAUUCAUUGGGAUCAAGGUCCAGUGAAUCCUUUGGGAAGUAUACGUCGCCAGUCAUGAGUGAGCACGGAGACGACCAUCGGCAGCUCCUCGCUCAUCCAAUACAAGGUCCCGGACUCCGUGCAGCUACCUCAUCCAACCACUCUGUGGACGAGCAACUGAAGAAUACUGACACACACCUCAUUGACCUGGUCACCAAUGAGAUCAUCACCCAAGGACCUCCUGUGGACUGGAGCGACAUAGCUGGUCUUGACCUGGUGAAGGCGGUUAUUAAGGAGGAGGUUUUGUGGCCAGUGCUGAGGUCAGAUGCAUUCAGUGGGCUGACCGCCUUACCUAGAAGCAUCCUUCUCUUCGGACCUCGGGGUACAGGCAAAACACUUUUGGGCAGAUGCAUAGCUAGUCAGCUAGGGGCCACGUUUUUCAAAAUUGCCGGUUCCGGACUCGUUGCAAAGUGGAUAGGAGAAGCGGAGAAAAUCAUCCACGCCUCUUUUCUUGUGGCCAGGUGUCGCCAGCCCUCGGUGAUUUUUGUUAGUGACAUUGACAUGCUUCUCUCCUCUCAAGUGAGCGAGGAACACAGUCCAGUCAGUCGGAUGAGAACCGAAUUUCUGAUGCAGCUGGACACUGUACUGACUUCGGCUGAGGACCAAAUCGUAGUCAUUUGUGCCACCAGUAAACCAGAAGAAAUAGAUGAAUCUCUUCGGAGGUACUUCAUGAAAAGACUUUUAAUCCCACUUCCUGACAGCACAGCGAGGCACCAGAUAAUAGUACAGCUGCUCACACAGCACAAUUACUGUCUCAAUGACAAGGAGUUUGCACUGCUUGUCCAGCGCACAGAAGGCUUUUCUGGACUAGACGUGGCUCAUUUGUGUCAGGAAGCAGCAGUGGGACCUCUCCAUGCUAUGCCAGCUACAGACCUUUCAGCCAUUAUGCCCAGCCAGUUAAGGCCCGUUACAUAUCAAGACUUUGAAAAUGCUUUCUGCAAGAUUCAGCCUAGCAUAUCUCAAAAAGAGCUUGAUAUGUAUGUUGAAUGGAACAAAAUGUUUGGUUGCAGUCAGUGAUAACAUCUUUAAAAAAAGAAAAAAAAAUGUAAUGAAUGUUGGCACACACAUAAAACCUGCUACAUAGGGAAUAGAGCCCCUUUCCAGUAGUGUUUCAAUUGCUAAGGGUACUGGGGAAGACGACGAUUAUGUUGCAUCUUUAGAGUCAGGGUAGCUUUGGAAGAAGCAGGCAUCCGAUGAGAGCCUCUGAUUUGGAAGCCCCAGCUGACAGAAAGCAUAUACAUGUGGAUGCUCGGAUCGGUUCAAGCUAGACGACACUCACCGAGAAGCAAGGUGCAAGUGUGUUGAUUUCAGAAGGACAUGAACCUCGUGUGUUGAUUCCAUUCUGCUGUUCUCGAGAUUUAGUUGCUGUCAAGUGCCUGGAGUGGUGCUUUAUUUUGUUUGUUUGUUUGUUUGCCUCACAAUUACAUUGGUGGCAUGUGCUAAUAUAAAGAGCUUUAACUUCAAACACUAUUGGACUAAAGAGAUGAACGGUUGUGUUACAACAGAAAACCAGAUUUUUUUGGCCAUUUUAAGAGCAACCGUAUUCCUCAACCCUGUCUGUUCUGAAGUGUUAGCUAAGAGCAGGUAAAACAGGGUAACGGUGAUCUGGACCUUAAUUUCUGCAGUUCAUUUCUUUUAAUGUUCUUGUCUGCAAAAACUCAGGAAAGUGAUUGUGAUUUGUACAGUACCUCAAAGGAAUGUGUUAAAAGCACUAUGUACUGCUGAGAGUAAUAGGGUAGGCUUCAAUGUUACUUUAUAUUAAAAUGUAUGUUUACCUCAACAAUUGGAGAAUAGCAAGGAAAAUUAUUUUGAAUGUAUCCAGAAAAGAAAAGAAAAAUACUGAAGUGUGAUACAACUGAAUAUUUACAGUUUAAAAGUAGAAGUGGAAGGAUUUUUUUUUUAAAGUUCUCUUACUAAUUAUGGGGAAUUAUUAACCAGAGCAGAACAAUUACUGAAGAGUUCUUAAUGCAUUGCUCUCCAUGAUGAUUAAGUGGAAAUGUUCAUAGAAGUUACACUGGUUAAUUGAAAAGCUGUGUCUUCAGUUUGUGUUGGUGUUUAGAGCAGUCAGCUGCAGACCUGUUUAAGACCCUGAAAGUGACAGAACCUACAAACUGUAUCUGCCUUCUACUGCCAUGGUGGAGGUGGAGGUGGAGGUGGAGGUGGAGGUGGUGGUGGUGGAGGAUGUUUUGGAAGCUCUCUCCUAAACCUCUAGGGGAAGAGUCUAUUCCACUCAGAGUUGCUAGGCUUACAGAGCUAUUUCACAAAAAGCAGAGGAUAGAACCAAAUCAAACAUGCAAACUUAAAAAAAAAAAAAAAAAAAAAAAAGCAACCAAUCACAGGUAUCUGCAGAGCACCCCCCACACGUGCCCCUCCCCCAUGCCGCAUCUUGACUUCGAUCUUCAGAGUGCACUUUCGCUUCUCAUCCUCAAGCCCACCCCCACCCCAGGCUGUAGAACUCCUACGUUCAUUUCUACCUCAGUUUCGUUAUGUUUCUUUUGGAAAGUCAAGUGAGAAAUUAGACGUGGACAUGUAUACCACAACAGAGCUUGCCAAAUGUGGGGACUUUUGCGUCCUGUUGUGUUUUCUUCCCUCCUUUGUCUGCUUCCCCUGUAACACCAGUCUUUAUGCAUUCUUUCACCUCUGAAGACUACCACACAGCAAUGUGGCAGUCCUUUCUCACCCUGCCCCUCUGCUCCUGCUUCCACCAGGUUGUUCUUUGUCUUCUGUAAUGCAGUAUGUGCAAGUUUUCAUUGACAGCUGGCUGAAGUUCACCAAUGUCUCUCUUUCACUGUCACAGUGCAGGACAGAGCUUUCCACAGCCACUGCCUGUGCAGAAUCAGAGCAGCCUAGCAUUUUGAAUGUAUUUUCCUGUAUUUUCCUGUUUUUCCCUCCUUUUCUUUUCUUUACUUUUCUUUUUCUUUUUUUCUUUCUUUUUUUUUUUAUUUUGUUUAAAUUUAGAGAUGCAGUAAUUGUUGCGAAGCACUGGCAUUUUGUGUAUUCAAUAAGUGAUGUACAUUUUUAAGGUAAUUUUAAAUAAAUGCAAUGGCAGCCCCAUGAAAGGUCUUUCUGUUAUUUUUUUUUCCUUCUUUUUUUUUUUCCUGAGCUCAUCUACAAGUUAAUUCUCUGAAACACUUAACACAGAGAAACUGAAUAAGAAAAUGAACUCGUGGUAUUUCAAACAUUUUAUGAUAUUUGAUUAGUAAUCUUUCUCUCUUUUUUUUUUCCCGUUGCUAAAACUGAGCAAAUGAACUAGAAUUUAAUGGACUGUGAACAUCUAUCAACUUACACUGUUCUAAAAUAGAUCCCAUAUUUUAAAAGCAGUGCCUUUCACUAAGGAGACACAAAUGAUAAUACUACUUAGAUAUGUCCUCUGUUUUUCACAAGUGAAUAAAUGCUUUAGUCAUAUUCCGGAUCUACCCUAUGCACUGCCCAUGAUAAGGAGAUUCUAAUAUUCACUAACUUGUGAGCCCAUAUUGAUCUCAUUCACAAGUUUAUUCUCUGUGCAGUACUGACCCAUCUUCUCUAUUAGAGCUCACACCUCAUUUCCACCAAUAUGCUGUGCUCACUAAUAAAGUGAAAAGUAAAAACAUCUGGCACGUUUUGACAAACCCAAUCCUCUUUAGUCAACCUUCGAGAACCCAGAAUUAACCCACAUUGUUUGGUGUGUGGUUUUCGGGACUUAAUGCCAAAUAUAUGAGAUGACAGUUGUGCUUUGUUCUCACAGUACUGAUAAUAAACUGAAGUCAUACAUGUUGGCUGAUAGCUUUAAAUGGCUUUAAAUUAGUUUGAGAUAUGAAUGACUUAAAGAUUAGUUUGAGAUAUGAAUGGUCUGAGAUCCAUGGAUUGAGCAGAAGCUUGAAAUUACAUGUAAUUUCCACUUAGCCCACCCAGGUCUAGAAUUAUCUGAUAGCAAAGCAGGCAAGUUGAAGAAACGAAACACUCACGCUCUAGCAAGGUUUUUAACUCCAUGUGUCAGCAGUGUGAAAACUCCAAUGGACUAUCAUAAUCAGGACGUCUUUUCUGCCCAUCCAUUUGAGAGCUUGGGGGAGAACAAGUUCCAGAUCUCCAGAAGUGAGCAUGGAUAUUCAGCCCUAGAACAAAACUAGGUAAUUGUUGGCCUCUCUUUGAUUGCUUGGGAUUUGGAGGAGGCUCCUAAUGAGUGUAAGGUAGUGAACCAGUCAGUCCUUUCCAGUUGCAGGAGGAGAUCCAGCCAGCCUCGUUUAUAGCCCUCAAUUCCUUCCUCACAACUGUAAUAACAUUUCCAACAGGGAUGAAAAGGAGGAGGGGGGAAAUACUUCAGGCAAAGGAUCAAUAGACAUUCAAGAGGCAGCUCAUCGUGGGUUUCUAUGGGACACUAGUGAAAAUACUCUAUGCUGCUGACUUGUUUCUCUCCAAAAUAUUUAGAGCAUUAGUGACAAUGUGGAGAACUUUGCUGACUGAGCUGGUCAAUGGAAUGUGAAGGCAGUAUACUUUAAGGCUAUUUACUCUCACACAGAAUGUUUAUCUAUUAGUCAAUUUGUAUUCUACUCAAAUGCAGAUAGACGGGUAUAAUGUUUUCUUGUGCAUUUGAAACCUAUCAAGGAGAAAAUAAACCAUUCCACUAAAAUACAUAGGCCAAACACCAUCUGGACAAGUGAUAAACACUAUCCAGAGGCUAUACUAAAUGCAAGGUCAAUUUACAUGGGCUGCAGAGCACUUGGCUAUGCAGUUUUGAAAUGUAGACUUCCAAAAAAAAAUUCCAAAUUAAUUCUUGCAAUAGGUCAUUGUAAAUUUAAAUAUAUUUCUGAGUUGGAAAGGAUGUUUUAGAGGCAUUUAGAAUUUCUUUCUCUGAAAAUAUAUACAACCUCAAGCAGGAAGGUAUUUCUGUAUGCCCACUCUCAUGUUUCUUAGCAAGAAUUGGGAAUCCUGAUUAUUAAGUCCGUAUUACAGAGUGAAAGGCACGUAGUUUAUUGAACUAUUGAGGCCACUAAAGUUCUGAUAUAUAUAAAUAUAAAUAUAAGUAUAAUGUGUGUGUGUGUGUGUGUGUGUGUGUGUGUGUGUGUGUGUGUAUGAGUGUGCUGUGUCAACCACCACCUAUUUGAACUUUAAAAUGAACCCAUUGUUUUACAUUAUCUGGAGGUAACUGCUUGCUUGCUUUUUUCCUAUGUGCCAAAAUACACAUGACUCCUUCAAAAUUCUGUUCAAAUAUGACUUUUUUUUUUAGUAAAACCUUCAGUUUUGAAUCAUUUGCCGAUGUAAUGAAACACACUAGCAAAGACAAAGCGAUUAGUAUUUCAGAUUUCACCACCAGCUAUACUUGUGACUAACCAACCCAUGAACUAAAAGCUCACAGUCUGCUAAGACCUUUGGUUGACAUUCGAUUUUGAACCUGCCAGAUGCGUUUGUGUGAACCAGGGAUACUGCAUCUUUAAUGAACAAGUCUCUCCUCUUUCCCCUGUUUUUAAAUACAACACAAGGGGUGUAGCACUAGGCACUGCAAUUGUCAAAGACAAUUAGACUGAAAGCAGGGAAAUCUCACCUCCCUGUCUCAGUGAUAUGUAGAAUGUGGGCAGCCUGGGUCAGCCUUGCCACAGAGUGGUGUGAGAAGAUAUGAAUCAGUCCUAUAGAAUGUUAAAUAUUUAUAAAAUGGGUUUGUAGUGCGCCAAGGUUGGGAGCACAUUCAUUUCUUCUUUUUGUCUUAUGAAACAAAAGGAAAAAAAGCAAAAGUUUAUUUCUAGGCUUCUUCUCUCCCUAGGCCUAGGUAUAUUCUCUCUCUCUCUCUCUCUCUCUCUCUCUCUCUCUCUCUCUCUCUCUCUCUCUCUCUCUCUCCCUUCUUCCCUCCCUCCCUCCCUCUCUCC